AUGUCGGAAGACACGAGCUCGCGCCAGCGCUCGCGCAACGCCCAGGCCCAGGCCGACCUGCGCGCGCGGCGCAAGCAAUACAUCAAGAGCCUCGAGGGCACCGUGGCGGCGCUCGAGUCGUGCGUGCGCCAGCUGCGCGUGCAGAACCACGACCUGUACCGACAGGUUGACGAGGCCAACUCGAUUCGCGGCGGGCCAUCUUCGUCGUCGUCGUCGUCGAUGUCGCCCCCCCUCCAGUCCGAGCAGGCCGAGGCCCUGGCGAGCGAGAAUCGCCGUCUCCACCAGCUCCUCGCCGAGGUCGGCCUGGCCGCCGCCGCCUCGGCCAAGCUGGCUCGCGUAGGAAAGGACCUGCCCUACCUGCCCUCCUCCAACGACCAGCAGCAGCACCACCAGCAACAGCAGCAGCAGCUCAGCUACAUCGACGCCGCAGAGGCCGCCCGGAUCCACCAGGUGGUCGAGGCCAGCCUCAACGCAGGAGGUCCUCAGUCGUACACGGCCGCCUUCACCGCCGCGUCGGCAUCAUCGUCGUCGUCGUCGGCCUCGGUCGCAGCCUCUCGCAGCACGCCGCGCUGGACCGACAGCCAGAGCAUCCAGGCAAAGCACCGACGCGUCUCCGAGGCAAAGGCCUUUGCAAACGAGACGCGCUUCCAGCUCGGCCUCCAGUCGAGCCCCGACGCCCACUCGUCGAGCUUUGACAGCGCCGCCACCGACGUCGACGGCGGCCUCAAGCCCUACCCCAGCAUUGAUGUCACGACCGCCGCGCCCCUCUUUCCGCCCCAGCUCACCGUGGCCCCGUCGGAUGCCACGUCGAUUGGUCACGGCGCAUCGAUGACUGCCAUCCCGGACUCAAACUUUGACCCUGCCCUCGUCUUCCUCCAGACGCCCGGCCACAGCGCGACGGCGACGGCGACGGCGACGGCUGCCGCGCACGGUGGCGCCAACGUGGCGGCGUGGGACCCGGUGGGACGCUGCGACGCGUCGAUGCCCUCGAGCGCUCCGGGCGCCCGCGCCCUGUCCGACACGGCGGCCACCAUGUCGCCCGCACCCUACGCCGCCUCGUCGUCGUCCUCGUCGAUCGCGGCAUCGCCGCUGCAGCGAGGCAACCACCUGGAAGCCACGUCGUGGCCCAACUCGGCCUACGGCGUCCUCGCCUCGCCCUCGGGAUCGCACUCGGUCGACACCAUGCUGGACCAUCCGUCUUCCGACUACCGACACCACCACCCGCACCCGCACCACUACCACGCUCACGCUCACGGUCAGGCGGCGGGGUUUGGAGAUUCGCCCACCCCUCAUCCCGCCAAGCGCGCCAGGGUUGAGGAGGCGGCGCGCCCCUCGACGUCGUACGGCGAUCAGCGCACCCACUCGGUCCUCUGCCACAACGGCGGCGAUGCCAACCCCUUCGCCGCCCACGCUCAGGGCGCUUCGACCGACGCGGUGGGCUGGUACCACCCCUCGUCGUCGUCGCACCACCACCACACCCACUCUCGCCCCAGCACCAGCAGCGGCGCUAGCACCGUCGUGCCCGACCCUUCCUUUCUCCCCUUUUCCGGCAUCCGCACCGCACCCCGCGUCGCGUCGAUGCUCGCAUUCUGA